AUGAACAGACAAAGAAGAAAAACAGAAAAUGAGAAGAGGGCUGGAGAGAGAGGACAGUGGGCCAGUAAAACAGAAUAUAUUCUGGUUGUUGCAGGAAAUGUGGUCGGCCUGGGCAACGUGUGGAGAUUUCCUUACCUCUGCUACAAGAACGGUGGAGGUGCCUUUCUGGUGCCAUAUGGUCUGUUAGUUGUAGUAUGUGGGAUACCUCUGUUCCUACUGGAGACCUCAGCUGGUCAGUACACCCAGGAAGGUUUCAUCACCUGCUGGAGGAAGUUGUGUCCACUGGCAGAAGGAAUUGGAUAUGGAAAUAUUAUAAUGAAACUGUAUGACUUCAGCUACAUUUUAAUCCAAGUUUGGGCUCUCUUCUACCUGGUGUUCUCAUUCAGAUCCCAGCUCCCCUGGGCUAGCUGUGAGAACACCUGGAAUACAGCUAACUGUGUGGCACUCCAGAUUUCGGAUUCUCCCUCAACAAAUUCGACAAAUCAAACAACGCUGAAUAAAACCACCUCUGCUGCUACUGAGUUCUGGGAACGGCGGGUGCUGGCCAUGUCUGGAGGCAUUGAGGAGCUGGGCAGUGUGAGGUGGGAUCUGGCUUUGUGUCUUCUGGCCUGCUGGGUGUUCUGCUACUUCAGUACCUGGAAAGGUGUUAGAUCUUCUGGAAAGGUAGCGUAUUUCACAGCCACGUUCCCCUACGUAAUGCUCCUGAUCCUACUCAUCAGAGGCCUGACUCUACCUGGAGCUUGGGAAGGGAUCUACUACUACCUGUAUCCAGAUCUGAACCGCCUGGCUAACCUUGAGGUCUGGAUAGAAGCCGGAUCUCAAGUCUGUUUCUCCUACAGCCUGACUGCUGGGACUCUAAAUGUCCUGGGCAGCUAUAAUGAAUACAACAACAACUGUUACAAAGACUGCUUUUGGCUCUGUCUGCUGAACAGUGGGACCAGUUUUGUUGCUGGAUUUGUCGUCUUCUCAGUACUUGGAUUCAUGGCUCAGAAACAGGGUGUUACAGUGGACAAUGUGGUUGAGUCAGGUCCAGGUUUGGCCUUCAUUGCUUACCCUCAGGCAACAGCUAUGAUGCCUUUGCCGCAGUUCUGGACUGUCUGCUUCUUCCUUAUGCUCAUUUUUCUCAGUGUUGACACACAUGGAGGGAUUUACAUAUUUCAGCUUAUUGAUUAUUAUGGCACUACCAGAGCUUUUCAUUAUUUCAUGGCUUUAUCUGAGUGUCUAGCUCUGGCCUGGGGUUUUGGUGCUGACCGUGUUAUUAACGUCAUUGAGGACAUGACAGGACAGAGACCCUGUGUUUUCUUCAAACUGUGCUGGAAAUACAUCAUUCCUCUGCUGUCACUGAUUUCUUUGAUCCUGUACCUGGUUGAUUAUACACACCUCAAGAUUAACGACUGGUACAGUUACCCUGACUGGGCGUACGCACUAGGAUGGACCAUGACCCUUUCCUAUAUUCUCAUGGUGCCACUGUGGGCAGCUGGAAAGAUGUUUUUAACAGCAGGAACCUUCAGACAUCGUUUGUCCAUCCUUUGUCGUCCUGCUGAAGAUCCGUCCUGGCGGAGGAGAGAAAUGGGAGAGGAAGGAACCUCUGUUGAACUGACGACAUCUGCAGUGACAAUUUAGACCUGACCUGCAAAGUCACAUUAAUUAGACACUUAUAAUUAUGUCAUUUAUAGAAUUAGUAAAAACACGGGUUAUCUUGGGUAUAAUUCUAACCUCCUAGCAGUAGCAUCCCUAAACUAUCAAAGGUAUAAGUAUUACUGUGUAAUUUGUAUGUAUCUAUUUGCUAUCAUAGUUUAAGUUGGUUCAAUCAGUUAUGACUCAUUAGCUCUCCCACCAUUUGAUUUUAAUCAUCAGUGUCUUGACUAAAUAAGACAACGUAUUGGUGAGAUCAAUCAAAGAACAAUCCUUGCAUUACUUUCCCAUGUCACUCUAUUUUAUAUACUGUAUAAUGCAAAUAAACUUCUUACAGUUGUUCUGGGUUGUUCCGA